AUGGACAAAGAUAACCUAGACACGUUCUCAAGGCUCACAAGCUCUCUUCUGGUUCUGAUAGUCAGUUAUUUGCCUUUCAAAGAAGCAGCAAUAACAAGCAUACUGUCUAAGCAGUGGCGCAACAUUUGGCGUGAAACCACAUACCUGGAGUUUGAUGAGAAAUCCUUUGUGAAUCUUGAAGAAACUGAUGAGAACCAGAGAAUUCAAAGGAGUUCUUUCUUUGGUUUUAUUAGGCAAUUCCGCAAACUACCGUGAAAGCCUAUUCAGAAGUUCUCAAUGACUUGUUCAAAACCAGAGGGUUUCCUUGCAGAAAUUCAAAACUUUGUCAUUUUUGCCAUUUCAAGAAACGUGAAGGAGCUAGAACUCGACUUCUCUGAUACUACCUGGAGAGAAGAAGACGAUCCUGAGAAUCAUCCAGCACCAGUUGAAUUGCCUUUCCAGGUUUAUCAACAUCUGGAGAGUCUUAGUUUCAAAAUGUGUUGGAACAUCGAUCACAUCGACAUCACCAUGCCAAACCUGAGGCUGAAGAAUCUGGUUCUUGAUAAGUGCAAUUUCAUUGACGAUUACUUCUUGAUUGAAGGACCAAUGUUACGGUUCUUGAAGUACUCAGGCAAAGUUGGUCACUUUUACUUAGAUUAUCAACCUGAAAUGGUAGAGGCUGAUCUUAACUUUGGAAUGCAGCCUGAGUUUGAUGAAAUUGGUUUACUUCUUUAUAAUUUACUGCAAGAUGUUUUUGCUGCUAAAGUUUUGACUGUGUGCAGUGUCCUCCUUCAGAUUAUUCCCAGUGGAGAAGAAGCAUUGAGGUUGCAAGCCCCGCUUGCAGUCCGCCAUCUGAUCUUGAAAACAGCAAUGCAUCCCUAUGAAUUUUAUGGGAUGAGGUUCAUGUUGAUGAGUUGCCCAAAACUUGAGAUCAUCACCUUUGAAAUAGGCCCUGCAAAAAUAUUUUCUGUGAGCGAUUACGAAUCUCCCUUUGAAUUAAAUCCUUCAGAAUUUUGGUCAAAUGGUGUGUGGGUUCGGAAGUACGUGAAGAAAAGACUCAAGGUGAUAAAUGUAAAGGGAUUUAAAGGCAUGCUCUUUAUCAUAAAUUCUCGCAAACUUAGAGGAGUGAAUCUUUAUGUCGUCAGUGGAAAUGGGUUUGAAGAAAUAUGGGAGAAAUUUUACAUGCAAGACUUUAUCAUUUUCGCCAUUUCAAGAAACGUCAAGGAGCUAGAACUUGACUUCUGUGAUCCUACCUGGAGAGAAGAAGACGAUCCUGAGGAAUUGCCUUUCCAGCAAUUCCACCUGCCUGAAAGAGGUUUCUUUAGGGUGAAUAGAGAUGAGUUUAGCUUCUAUCAACAUCUUGUUGCUGAGAUUCCCAUUUCUAGAGAGUCCGAGUUUAAAGAAGUGUUGGAACAUCCAUCACGUCGAGAUCACUAUGCCAACCCUGAAGCUAAAGGACCUGGUUCUUAA